AUGUCAUCAAUAUUAAAGAGUAGUACUGGAAGUAACCAUAGCAGUACUAGUAAUCAUAGUAGCAUAAAUAAUAUAAGUCAGCUAAGUGGAUCUCAUGGUGUAGAACAACAACAACUUAGACCAGUAUUAACAUUAGAUGCAUCAACAGCUAAACUAAUGUACCAAACUAGUCAAGAAAUGUCAAGUUAUAUACAACAAGUUGCAAAUGAACCAACAAUUGGUUUAUUUCAUGUUCAAGAUCAUAUAAGAAGAAACAUACCUAAAAAUGUCGAAUUAAAAAAAAAUAUUAAAGCGUUGGGAGAAAAAAUAGAAGAGAAAUCAUUUGAUAUUGAUUAUAGUACAAAAACAAUAAAAACAUUCUCAGAGAUUCAAACAUUUUCAAAUAUAUCCUCACUAUUACAACAAUCAAUUGAAAGAGCAAAUAAAUUAGUUAAUAAUAAAUCACUUUUAUUUGUAAACUCUCAAAUGGCUGCACCUUCUUCAUCUAAAACAUUUUCAUCAUUUCAACAACAACAUAAAAUUUAUCAACAACAACAAACCAAUUUAACCCCUUCAAAACCGACACUUUCAAACGAUAAAACUAACGAUAAUAAUAACAAUAAUAAUAACUUAAAUUUUGUUGAAAAAAUAGAAAAAGAAGAAAAAAUAGAAAAAGAAGAUGAGGGAAAAGAAAAAGAUGAAAAAGAAAAAGAUGAUAAAGAUUUAAAUGAAAAAAUAAAUUAA